AUGGAAUUCAACUGCAUUAUUGAAAGGGAAUCGUUUUAAUUAAAUGCAACAAAUAGAUCAUUGUAAAUUUCCAACAAAUCCUUCUCAUAAAAGUUUGAUCUUUCUUUGAAAGUUCUAAUAACCUGGUUAUUUCGUGAAAAUGAAAUAAGUGGGUUUCUUUUCGAAAAUCUUGUUGUGGAAGGAGAUGGAUUAAACAUGAAAAAACUUAAAAAAUUUCUGAGUGGUAAAGUAACAUUCUCAGGGAUUUAAAUCUUCUAUUUCUUUUAUGGAGAGAUUAAUGUCAAUAAAAAUAAGGCCACUAAAGUAUUUAUAUAAAGUUUAAAAGGUUUGUACCCUCAUCAAUAGAGAAACGAAAUUAAAAUUUUCAUGUAAAUGCUUUAAGAAAAGUACAACAGGAAUUGAGAAAAUUCACAAGGAAAUUGAAAUUCUUUAGAAAGCAUCUAAAAAUGGAUUGGCCCCUAAAAUUUAUGAAUGUUUUGAAUCAACCAACUGCGUUUACGUCAUUAUGGAAAAUUUAGAAAGAAUAAAAGAUCUUGAAUUUAUAGAUGAUGAUAUAAGAGUAUUUCUUUAUGUAAAUUACUUUUUACUAUUUAGAAUUUGAUUUAAACCAUAGCAUCUCUUCACAAGGAAAAUAUUGUUCAUAAGAGCCUAAAGAUGUCACACAUUUUGUUCACUGAAGAAAAUAAGUUAAAAUUGGUUGGAUUCGGUCAGGCUAACAACACUGAUAUUCAAAAUAAUGAGUUUAGACUGGAUAUUUUUAAAAUAGGGAUUAUUAUGUAUAAAUUGUAAAGAUUUUUCAUUUAUCAAAUAGCUACUAAAAAUAGAAUUUUCAGGUUGAUCAGUCUCUAGAUAUUCCAGAUGAGGGAAAUUCACUUUUAUAAUCACUCUUAGAGUGGGGAAAUGACUAGCCUUUUUAAUUGAACUUAUUAUUAAGCCACCCUUACUUUAAAUUUUUGAAAAAUGAAGGGAUUCCUCUAUGUAUUAGUAUUUAUUUUAUUUAGAAAUUCAAUGUAUGAGUCCUAAAUUCAAAACUCAAGUUUAUUUAGAUGAGAAUGAAGAAUAAAUUUUGUGA